AUGUGUGAUUCAUUCUCCUCCAUCAGUGCCAUUCACUCACUUUUACCGACAGAUCCCCCAAAGAAGCCAGACCCAGUCACUUCAGAAACAGUCGUGUUCUGGGGACUGCGGUUAUGGCAGGUUAUUGGCAUCUUCUCUAUGUUUAUUCUAGCAGUCAUCAUAACCCUAUGCUGCAUCUUCAAAUGCCGUAUCCCCAGGACGAAGAAGGAGAUUGAGGCGCGACAUGCUCAGAGAGUAGCAGCUAAGGACUACGCCAACACACUGGAGACAGUGCCUCCUCUCAACGAGCUCACAGAGAUCCCAGGAGCGCUCCUGGUCACUGCAUCCCUCCCGACGGUCUCUGAGCAGGUCCAGACUAGAAGCGCCAGCAGCAGCCAGCUGGAUUCAUCCAAGCCUAACCUUUAA